AAAAAAUAAGUAUUUUAUCAUUGUUCUCUUGGUCAUGCGCAACGAGUUGUCGCAAGUGGAAGCCAUUUUGAAAGGCAUGUGAUAGUGGCGCCACUAAAUGAAAAUUAUACGGUUAUAGGACAGUUCACGGCAUAUCUUUGUUUUUCUCUCUUUCUUCUUUGUCUCUAGAUUCGCUGUUCCCACUAUACUGUUCAGCACUUCUGUGCUGUGCACGUCUAUAACAUCAGUCAUUCGCAUACGCUCUGAUCUACUUAAAAUAUACGCGCGAUCUCAAACUUCGGUAAAAGAAAGAUAGAUGAAGGAGGGAGUUACUCUUGUAAAGGCGUUAGUAUAGAGAAAGAGGGGUGGGGGUGAAGUAGACUGGCGUCGAAUCGUAUCGUGCGGCCGUUCGCCCUGCCUACGCGACGACGGCGACUCCCGUGGCGUUUCUCUUUCCACCCCCCCCCCUUAUGUGUAUCGUCGUAUCAACUCGGAAUAUCAUUGUACACGGGGUGCUUUUUUAAAGCUUGUCGUGACGCGUAGUCCCUUGUGUAUAUAUCUUACUACACGGUGAUAUUUUUCUUCGGAUAUUAGUAAAAUGUUGUCUUGAGUUAGCUGUAUAUGGCGAGGGAACGCGAAUGUCGUCGUUGAUCGUGUUGAAGCAAAGGUAACGACGACAACGACAACGCCAGCGCCGGAGACAGCAGUAUCGAAUCGCUCGAUUCGUAUCGCUUGAGUUUCCUUUCAAUCAUUUGUGUUUGUUCACUCGCCCGUUCGUUCGUUCGUUCGUCGUUCGUUCGAUCAUUCGUUCGUUCGUUUAUUCGUUCGUACGUUCGUUCGUUCGUACGUUCGUUCGUUCGUUCGUUCUCUUGUAGCACUUCCGCGUGCUUUUACUCGGAUCGAUCCCUUUUUAAAUUCGGAACGACGUCGUUUACGGAGGUGCGACCGGUGCGUGGUGCGUGUAAAACGUGAUCUCAACAUGGAAACGGAUAAGAUCAUCGACGACGAAAAUACAAAUCUUCAGUUUCCAAUGACGAUUCUCUAUGAUCCCACUCGUAAGAAAGAACCUUCUAUGGGUGUAUCGCCACAGUAUGGGCAAGAAAGAGAAAUUUGUAUGAAAUUAUUUGAGAAGUGGAGUGAACCAGAACAAGUUCACUUUGUUGAACAAUUAUUAGCACGUAUGUGUCAUUAUCAACAUGGACACAUCAAUGCGUAUCUCAAGCCAAUGCUUCAGAGAGAUUUUAUUUCUCUUUUACCAAAAAAAGGAUUAGAUCAUGUGGCAGAGAGUAUUCUUUCAUAUUUGGACGCCGAAUCAUUGACAGCUGCAGAAUUAGUUUGCAAAGAAUGGUAUAGAGUUAUCAGCGAAGGAAUGCUUUGGAAGAAAUUAAUUGAACGUAAAGUCAGGACGGAUUCGGUUUGGAGAGGCCUAGCAGAAAGGAGAGGAUGGAUACAAUAUCUGUUUAAACCUCGACCAGGAGAGAGUCAUCCGAAUCAUAACUUUUACAGAAAUCUUUAUCCCAAGAUUGUUAAAGAUAUUGAUAGUAUAGAUAAUAAUUGGAGAAUGGGUAGAUUUAAUCUUCAAAGAAUAAACUGCAGAAGUGAAAAUUCAAAGGGUGUUUAUUGUCUACAAUAUGAUGACCAAAAAAUAGUCUCUGGAUUAAGAGAUAAUACGAUUAAAAUUUGGGACAGAAAUACAUUACAAUGCAUUAAGGUGUUGACUGGUCAUACAGGUUCUGUCCUAUGUUUACAAUAUGAUGACAAAGCCAUAAUAUCAGGCUCUUCGGAUAGUACAGUAAGAGUAUGGGAUGCGACAACAGGUGAGAUGGUUAGUACGUUGAUACAUCAUUGCGAAGCUGUAUUACAUCUCAGAUUUAAUAAUGGUAUGAUGGUCACUUGCUCGAAGGAUCGUUCGAUAGCAGUUUGGGAUAUGACAUCACAGAAGGAAAUUGCAUUGAGAAGAGUACUUGUGGGUCAUAGAGCAGCAGUGAAUGUAGUUGAUUUUGAUGAAAAAUAUAUCGUUUCUGCUAGUGGUGAUAGGACUAUUAAAGUAUGGAAUACGUCCACCUGCGAGUUUGUACGAACGUUAAAUGGACAUAAACGGGGUAUAGCGUGUUUGCAAUAUAGGGAUCGCUUAGUCGUGAGUGGCAGCAGUGACAACACUAUUAGACUGUGGGACAUUGAAUGUGGAGCAUGUUUACGUGUUUUAGAAGGUCAUGAAGAACUGGUCAGAUGUAUACGAUUUGACAGUAAACAUAUUGUUAGUGGAGCAUAUGAUGGAAAAAUUAAAGUAUGGGAUUUGGUAGCUGCAUUAGAUCCGCGUGCACUUGCAAACACUUUAUGUCUGCGUACAUUAGUGGAACAUACUGGGCGUGUAUUUCGUCUUCAAUUCGACGAAUUCCAAAUAGUAUCAUCAUCACAUGAUGACACGAUACUAAUUUGGGAUUUCCUUAAUUUUAAUCCAUCAAAUGGAUCUGUAUCUAGCGGUCCAGCACCAAUCAAUGCUUUAGCUGCCAAUCAAUCUGGUACCAGAUCUCCUUCUCCAUUUGAGUGACUCAUCAACAGGAAGAUUCCUUUAUUGUGAUAUAAUUACAAGUGGUUAGUGAGUGAAUUGAUUGUGUUCACGAUAGUGUACACAAACAUGAAGAAUAAGUGUCCAGUGUGAACAGCGCCUAAACAGACACAAACAUCCUAAAACUCUUAAUCAUGGACUUUGGUUUGUUAUUUGCAGUGAAACGCGAAAGAAAUUCCCUUGAGAUAGGAGAUAUGUACUGACUUAUAUAAAAAUAUUAAUUAAUUUAUAUGCGCUUGAGGCACACACACUGCGUUUAGUAAUGAACAGUAUAUUAAAACCAUAUAAAUACAUCCCAUGGAUUUGCCGUCUGCUAUGGCCAUAUCUGGAUUUCUUCUACGCUCUAUGAUACGAUAGAAGUUGACCAUUUUACUACUAUGAAAAAGACUUGAAACACGCAACAAAAUGAAAACGUUUUAGGGAGGCUGGAUACACUUAAUAAGAUAUUAGAUGUAUUAUAGUAAAUUAAUGAUUUUUUUAUAUAAUUAAUUUAUGCUAAGAAAAUUGUAAACUGUUGUCUGAUCGGGAUACUUAUUUUGUGUGAAUGUGAAAAUGCAACUUCAUAAAACAAUUAUGACAAUUAUCAUGUUUCAUCACUUUCAAAGGUAGCUAAGGUGGAUCGCUAUAUCAUGUUAAGUAGCAUUGAUAUAAAAUCAAGAAUUAAAUGUAUAGAGAGAUUAUUCUUUUUUUUUUUCUUUUUUUCUGUUUUUUUUUUAUGUUUUUUUCUUCUUUUUUUUGUAGAUACUAUUAUUUUGCAAUAUUCAUUUUACGUAAAAAUGGGUAAAAGUCAACUAUUUCCGCGUUGCCACAUGGCAAAAUGUUAUUUGCAUUUAAAAUAUUACGUUUGAUAUAUACACAGAGAGAUGUAAAUAUUCAUGCAGACAAUGUAGUAUCUCUAAAACAAUUGUAGUUGCUAUAAAAAGUUACUGUAACUUGAUUAUUGAUCUCGGAUAGAGCAUAAUUUUUAUGUUGUGUGUUUAAUGUGUACUAAUGAUAUUUCUUUGGAUUAAACAUUGAGGUUAUUUUAUCAAUUUAAAAAUUUCUCUAAAGCAGUAUCGCUCUUAAAUGAAAUUUUAUGUUUAUGUCCAAUGUCGAAUAGAUGAUUUUUGUUAUAAUGAUCAAUAGAAAUACAAUAUUGCGUAUAGACAUUUACAUAUGAUCUUAUUAAGCCAUAAAAAGAAAAUUAUUUGUUUUCCAGGUUGUCAUAAAAUGUAAUAAUGUAUUUUAGUAUGUAAUUCCACACAGCAGAGAUGAGAUAUUUUGAUCCUGUUGUAAUUUUUAUAAUGUUCCAAAAAAAUAACCGAAGCUUAUUAUACGUAUGUAAUUUCUGAUAUUAACUCAAUACAUGAUUUUGGAUUUUGCAUCGUAUAUUACAAGUGUGUGUGUGUGUGUGUGCGCGCGCGCGUAUGUAUGUGUAUAUAUAUAGACACGCGCGCACACAAACAUACACACACACUCAUCAAGUAUUAAUGAAAAAUAUUAAACGGAUACAUACGAUAUUUUCGCGAAUAAUAGCUCUUACCGUGCAAAAGUAACAGCAUGUAGCCAAAUUGGGUACAAAAAAUUGUGAUGUUAAAGCUAGGAAUGAUAAUAUGAGAAACUUUCUAUAUAUAACCGUAAGUAUAUACGGGGAUAUGUAUAUACGGGGGUAACAGUGUAAAAUUAUACUUUUAUAAGUAUUUAAUGGAUUCAAAAUUUUUGUGAAAUGUAAAUUGUAGAGAUAUUAUAGAACGAAAUUCUUAUAAAUUAUUAACAUAUUCUUCGUGUGCACAUACCCAAUUAUAUUACAGUUUUGCUGUCUAUGAAUGCACAUAUGUAGAUUUUAUGAAAAACCAUAAACUACGUUUUCCUGCUAAGUGGUACAAGUGUAUCUUUUACUUAGAUUGGGGUCUUAAACCAUUCAAUGAAUAAAGUCAUUAUUAUUAACUAAGAAUAUAAAGUCCUUUAAUAAAUUGUUUUCAGAUGAAACUUAUUAAGCAAUAUUAUUAAGGAUACUUCAUAUAGAGCCAAAUAUUUCUUAGACAAUAUAUAAGGCAUUGUAGUAGUAAUAUAAGGCAUUACAUUUUUUUUUAUUUACUCUUUAAAAUCAUUGCACUUAGUAAUAUGGCUUGAUCAUAACUUACAUAUUUAUAGGCAAUGGAGGUAAAGAUGUUGAAAUAUCUAUAAGAAAAAACAUUGUGAUGCUUACUAUUAAUAUUAACAUGAAAUUUCAUGUAUGCAGAUUUAAUUAAGUGAAAAUGAAAUGAAGGCUGUGCAAAAGCUAUAUUCAAAAUAUAAUACCUACACAACUGGAUGAGGCAAUUUUAAUAAGAAGUAGUUUCCAUUAUUGUCAUCCCUUUGGAAAAGACAAGUAUUAAAACAUAUCAGAGAUAUAUAAAUUAUAAUAAAAAACUUAUGAAAUAUUUAAUAAGUAUUAAAAUAUCCUACAAAGUUAAAGAAAUCUAAAAGAUGGAAGAAUACCUAAAAAGAUAAAAAAAAUUAAAUAUUUAAUAAAAAUGUUCAACCUUUCUUCUUAAAAAAAAAAAAAAAAAAAAAUUACAUAUAGCUUGAACUAUUAUUAUCGAUGAGAUAAUGAUAUAUGUGCAUAACAAAAUACAGAUGAAUAACUAUACAUUUAAAGUAACAAAAUUAUAGUAUUUACAACAUAUGAUGUUUGUAAUAAUCAUAUUUGAAAAAUGGCUAUACACAUUUUCUGAAAAAGUAAUUUAAAUGUAGCAUGUCGCUAUAACAUUUAAUACAGAUUGAUCUGUAUUAUUUGUAAUUAUUCUGCAUGCUUAAGAAAUCAUGGAAAAAAAAAAAACAAAAAAUUUAUACAAUUGUAUAAAGUACAAGCACACUGCUACAAAUACUGUGCAAAAUGGAUUGUUUUAAAUUAGAACUAGUCAACAUGCUGCACGGUACAGUUCCUCUCUCGUCGAUUUUUUUAAACUAUUACCAUUUAUGUUUCGUCUUUUUGCCAAGAUUUAUGUGUAUGUACAAUAAACGUUGAUUGUGAAUGGAAUAGCUAUACUCCUUGAUAUAUAAGAAAAUAUUUUACCUUGUUGAUGCUGUUUCAUGUAAGGAUCAAGAUAAUUAUGAGAUGGCUAUUCGUUAAUAAGAUACAUAUAAAAAAAAAUAGAGGAUAUUCUUAAUAUAAAAAACAUAUUUUUCUUAGGGUAUAUUACUCAUAUUGAUUUGUAUAUUAUUACUAAAGUUUUUGUGUAACAUAUAUUUGGAUAUUCAUGAUAUUGUCUACAACAAUCAGAGUUGUCUGAAAAAAUAUGAUACAAAUUCAUUUUAUUAAGGCCCCAAUCUGAUGACAUUUCAUUAACAUGAGGCUUAUGCUUGCUACUUCAAAAUCGUAUGGGAACAGGAUGUUCAUCACCUUUUGUUCGAAGCGUGUAUGACUUCAGCGACAGUCAGAAUUAUGCUCGAUACCUCGAUGAUCCCUCGAUGAUAGCUGGAAAAGAAAAAGAGAAAGAGAACAAAUGUGACAUAGAAAAGAGAAGUGGUGAAAGAAAAAGAGAGAACCGAAGAAGGAAAAAAAAAGAAAGCAGGAGAAAGAAAAAAAAGGACGCACACUUACGCGAUGCUGAGAUAGCAGCCCGUACAAAAGCUCACACCCAUGGGCUCUAACCAUGGGUCCCACCCGAGAUUUAAUAAUUAAUAAUUAAUAAAUAAAAAUAAAGACGAAUGAUGGAAAAGUU